UUAUUUAUUUAUUUUGUGAAGUAAUCGGUAACACAAUAACUACUUAGGGUUGAUAUUCCUCUAAAACCGCUCUAUGGUUCGCCGAGACCUGAACAAAGUUUGCCGAACAUUACCACCCCCAGCCGAAGUAACCAGUGGCAACAGUUUUCAGAAAUACCAAAUGCGGUCCAGAAAAAAACAAUAAUCAAAUCAAUGGAUUUGAACAUCAUCAUUACUUUCUCUCAGACUAACAUGCAGCUCAAUACGACAAGUAACUAACCUUCCAGCACAAACAACUUACAAGUCUCUCAACAUCGAGACAAUAAUAACGAACGAAACAUGACUACCGAUCAGACAUUGAAUCCGAACCUCAAACUCGCACCGACAACGCAUGACGAAUACAGCACUGACCAAAAUGAAGCUAUAUAUGACAAUGAUCACGACGUGGACCGCAAGAGGAGUUUCAAUGGGCGACUCGGUCAGUUUUUACACCAACCGAUGACGACGACGACGACGACUUCAACACAGCAGCACCCGAUUCAAUCCCCGCAACAAAGACGCAUAAUAACACGCUCAAAAUCCUCCUCACUCUCCCCAAGCGCAUCUCUCCCCUCCUCAUCGCCAUCUCCAUCGCCAUCCAAACGCAAACCGCUCAAACGCAAACGCUCACCCCACAAGACCGUCAUCUCUUCUACACCCUUCUCACCACCCUCCCGUCUCCGAGACACAAUCCCCGCGAAUCUGAUACUCCUCCUAAUCGGCGUAAACCCCGGACUGAUGACAGGCUCAACGGGGUACGCGUACGCACACCCGUCCAAUCUAUUUUGGAAACUACUCUACUCGUCGGGGAUCACGACGGUGCGACACGCGCCCAGCGACACGUACAAGCUUCCCGCACUAUAUGCGGUCGGAAACACGAAUAUCGUGGAGCGACCAACGCGUGAUGCGAGUAUGUUAAGCAAAGCGGAGAUGGAUGCGGGGGUGGCUGUUCUCGAAGCUAAAAUCGCAAGCCAAAAACCCGAGGCGGUAGCGUUGGUUGGGAAGAGUAUUUGGGAGAGUAUUUGGAGGGUUAGACAUGGUAGGGCGAUUCGGAAGGAGGAGUUUCGGUAUGGAUGGCAGGAUGAGGGGGAGAAUAUGGGGGUUUGUAUUGAUGAUAGUGGCGGCGCUGAUGAGGAAGGCUGGAAGGGUGCGAGGGUGUUUGUGGCUACGACGACGAGUGGGUUGGCUGCGACUAUGAGUUUACAGGAAAAGCAGCUGGUGUGGAAUGAAUUGGGGGAAUGGGUGAAGCGGAGAAGAGAGGAGAGGGGGUUUGUUCCUGGCACAGUAGGUACAGCAGCUACAUGAUAUACGUAGUGGUAGGACGGAUAGAAAUACUGUUUUAAUCUGGUAGGGUUGUCUCAUAAGAGGUAUACUCAUCGUCGCAUUCUCGCUGAGCUGAAUAGAUUACAUUUCUAGAUAUACAAAGGGUC